AUGUUUGACGAUCAACCUUGGGGAAGUAGCUCCAGUCUUAAUAAUGGAUGGAAUAAAGAUGAACCAUUAUCCACAUUAGAAAAUGUUUGGGGUGGUUCUAGUUCAACUUCACCACCGCUAAUGUCCGCCUCUUUAAACGUAUCAAAUAAUAAUACCCACCAUUCAAUCUUAGAUAUGGAACAUUCAAUAAUGCAAGAUUCUCGCCCUAUUUUAAACAUUCUAGGUAAUGAUGAUAAUGACAAUAACGGUCUCUAUAAUAAUACUUCAACUUCCUAUCAAAAUAGCGACAAUAAACAAUCGACUGAAACUACAAAUAAUGGAUCUGACAGCAAGAAUAAUGAUCAAGAAUCAAUUGAUAUUCCAGAUAUUGCAGAUUGGGCUGAAAAUAUUAGAAAAGAUUAUCAUCCAUUAGGAAGAGAUAAUGUAGUAAUUGAACAAAUAUCGGAACGUGAAGGUAUGCUAUUUAAACAUACAAAUUAUAGAUUAACUUAUGCUAGUAUAACUGGGUCUCAGGAGACUACAAUUGUAGUCAGAAGAUAUUCAGAUUUUGUUUGGCUUCAAGAAAUUUUAAUAAGAAGAUACCCAUUUAGAAUGAUCCCUGAAUUACCACCUAAAAAAAUUGGUUCACAAAAUAAUGAUGAGGUAUUUUUAAUUAAAAGAAAGAAAGGUUUAAGCGGAUUUAUAAAUUUGAUUUUAAAACAUCCUAUUUUAAAAACAGAUGACAUUGUUCACACUUUUUUAACAUUAGCAAACGACAUAACUACAUGGAGAAAAAAUACAUCAAUCCCAACUAUCGAAGAAUUUCAAGAUAAAGUUAUUUCACAAAGUUUUAUUCAUAUGUGGAAAAAGGAAUUUGCUAUUCAAUGGAAUGAAGCUGAUGCAUCAAUUGAAAAAAUGGUGGAUAUUUGGUCGAAAAUUGGUGCCUUAGUGGAAAGACAAGAGAAAAGAUUGAGACAGAUCCAAAAUGAAACUCAUUCAUUUGCUACUUUAUUAGAUGAAUUGAUUGAUUAUACUCCAAAAUUGUACAAUAAUGAACAAAAUAAAGGAAGUAUAUUAGAUAUUAAUAAUCAUAUUUCCAUUGUUAAACAAAACUUAUUGGAAAAUUCAAAAAUAGUAGAAGAGGGAGCUGAAAAUUUUGCAAUUAAUGUUUUACCCAAAUUUCAAGUGUUUAUUGAUACAUUAUAUUCUCUACGUAAACUAUUUGAAAGAUAUAGAAUAAUGGCCGGUAAUAACAUUGCCCAGUUACAUAAGCAUAUCGAAUCAAACAAAAUAAAGAUGGAUCAAGAAAAAGGUAAGCCGGAUACAAGCAGUGCUGAAUAUGAUAAAUUACAUCUGGCUAUAAAAAGAGAUCGAAAGGAAAUUUAUUUGCAAACUAAUAGGGCCUGGCUAAUAAGAGAAUGUGUAUUACAAGAAUUUUCCUUAUUUCAAGAAACACAGUAUUUAAUUUCUGAGGCAUUUAAGAAUUGGGUAAGAAUACGUUCCAAUACAUCUGGCUUAGAUUUAAAUUUAUGGGAGAAAUUAGUUGAUAAUUUAGCAGAUAUGCCAUCACGCCCUUAA